UUCGCUAGCUGACUGACGCUAGCAUUUAGCUCCCACGACACCUAGCACAACACCUCGUUAAACCAUGCCAGCAGCUGAUAUCAAACAUCGGGUUCAAUACAAUCUCCUUUAAAUGUCAGACAUUACAUUUGACAUACGAGGAUUAGUGGAAAUAUAAAGGGCCGUGCCUGUUUAAAUGUUGUCUAAUCAAACAAUGAGUUGGCAGCACUAACAUUAGAUAUCGUUUGGAAACCCCUUGUUUUUUCCCCUGGGUGAUAUAUGAGGUUUUCAGAGAGGUUUUUGACAAAUAACAAGCCAUGGAGCAGUACACCACUGCCACCACUUCUACUGGGGAGCAAAUAGUUGUGCAGACUUCCAAUGGACAGAUCCAACAGCAGGUCCAGGGACAGCCUCUGAUGGUCCAGGUGAGCGGCGGGCAGCUCAUCACAUCAUCAGGGCAACCCAUAAUGGUGCAGGCCAUGUCGGGGGGACAGGGUCAAACCAUAAUGCAGGUCCCUGUGUCUGGAGCUCAGGGGUUACAGCAGAUCCAGCUGGUGCAGCCGGGUCAGAUCCAGCUGCAAGGCGGUCAGACCAUCCAGCUGCAGGGCCAGCAGGGUCAGCCCCAGCAGAUCAUCAUCCAGCAGCCCCAGCAAGCCACCAUUGCUGGACAGAACCAGGGGCAGCAGAUCAGCGUGCAGGGCCAACAGGUGGCACAGACGGCCGACGGACAGACCAUCGUCUAUCAGCCUGUCAAUGCAGAUGGCACUGUCCUGCAGCAGGGAAUGAUCACAAUUCCAGCUUCCAGUUUGGCCGGUGCCCAGAUUGUGCAGGCAGGCGGUGCCAACACAAACACUACUAACAGCGGCCAAGGCACUGUGACCGUAACCCUGCCCGGUAACAUGGUCAAUUCAGGUGGAAUGGUCAUGGUAAGACCCUGUGCAGAGAUGGUGCCUGGCGGUGGUGCAGUUCCUACAAUGCAGCGUAUCCCCCUGCCAGGGGCCGAGAUGCUGGAGGAGGAACCUCUGUACGUCAAUGCCAAACAGUACCACCGCAUCCUGAAGAGAAGACAGGCUAGAGCCAAGCUCGAGGCUGAGGGCAAGAUCCCCAAAGAAAGGAGGCAAAAAUACCUUCACGAGUCUCGCCACCGCCACGCCAUGCAGCGCAAGCGAGGCGAUGGAGGACGUUUCUUUUCACCUAAGGACAAGGAGGAAAUGGCUUUGGCUCUGGCACAGCAACAGCAGGAAGCGGCCCAGGCAGCAGGAGAGGAGACGGUGGCUCAGAUGAUCCGAGUCUCAUAGCACCGCCGCAACACUUCUACCUGUGAACUCUGCGCUGCCUGAAACUCUUCAUCCCAGCUAACCUGAUCUGCCGCACCUUCUUCCCUCACUUUUACUCUCUCCUGCCUGAUUGUCAUAUGCCAAACGCCAGCGCCACCACUAGAUUUCUUCUGAUAUCUCUCCCUUCCUACACUGGUCUUCCAGGGAGUUGACUGUGUGGCUGCUUCUCUGAAAGGGAGGGUCCUUUCCUUCUCCGCCUAUCUGGUUAAGUGUUUAUAAACAGGUUUUCAUUUUCAUAAGGAUUUGUUCAGAUUACUGAAAAUGGAAGUUAUGGGUAACUAGGGCUAAUCACACUUCAAAUAACCUCUGUGAAGCCUUGUCGGACCCUGUUAACAAAAUCCAAUUUGCUACCAGUGAAUAAUUAUUGCUUUUAAAUAUUUUUUGUAAAUGGUACAGAUUUCUUUUCAGAGACACUCAUUAAGCAUGGCUUUAACCUUUUAUGUGAUGCCAUGUAUUUUGACAUUUCCCUUUUUUUCAACCCAUUUACGGUGGGGGACGGACUCGGCAUCAUAAGUCCAACCUGUGUCCACUGAGCAGAAAAUGAAAAGAGAACUAAUGUGAACAUAUUGUACAGAUAUUUGUUUCCCCCCCUCCGUGUGUAUCUGGUGUACUAAUUAGUUUGUGGUUAGACAGUGUGUAGAAACACAAUGACUAAAUGUUUAAUUACAUUACACAUAAUAUCCAUGUAGUUACUUCCUUAUUGUUCUCAGUUGUUUUUUUUCAUUGUAGAUAAUAGAUUUUUUUUACCCAUCAAAUGCAGUACUGCAAUGUUUUGUUCUUUUUAUAAUGGAAAAAAGGGUAAAAGAUUCAUGAAACCUAUGUCCAUUAAAUGUUAUUAAGUGACUCAA